GAGCAGAGAGGGACAGAGAGCAUGAGCUGCCGUAGACAAGAAGGUAGAAUUGAAAGCUAGCCAGAGGAAACACAUUGGUUUGUCUUUUUUGGUAAACAAAAUAAACAAGUUACCAACCACACUUGCAUUUAUUUGUGAACUAAAUAAACCAGACUAAAACUAUGACUGCCCUUUGAAGAUGGAGCCACUUGGACAAAGCCACUCCCUUUCACAGUAGAACCACAAAUGCUGCUAAGAGAAACCUUUCGCAAGACCAAGGCUUUCUUUAACAAAAGCUUCCGAAAUUUCUGGUCUUUCUUCUUUGGAGAGUACCAAAAGCUUCCCAGAACUCUUUCCUUUAAUCCAUUCCUCUGUAGAGUUGGCAAUGCAAGAACUCACACAAGCGACCAACUUUACAGUGAGUUUUAUGAUAUGCUGCAGUCUGACCUUGGCAGAAUAAAGAUGCAUGGUAACUACAACAUGUCCAUGUCAGCAAUGGAAGAUGAUGCUGCAUGUUCUAGAAGCUUCAUGUGUUGUGCCAAGCAAAGUCCACAAAAGAGUAUCCAUGAGGAGAGAGCACAAGAGAAGAAGAACAAAGGGAGCUCACAGCUCAGUAUAAAAGAGGACUUAAAGUCACAAAACAUGAUGAACAAGAAAGCUCAUGUUUUAGAACAAAAGAUGAAGGCAAUGGAUAUGAUGAAUGCGGGUGAUCUGGAGCAUGUGCUAGACAUAGAAGAGGCUCUCCACUAUUAUUCGCGCCUCAAGAGCCCUGUCUAUUUAGACAUUGUGGACAAGUUUUUCAAAGACAUGCAAUCAGAGUUAUCUGUUCCUCAGCCCUGUGUCAGCCUCAAACCAUCGAAGGAAAGACUUGGCCCGAUCCGGUUGAGAUAAGACAACCAGUUAGUUAGCCACAAUGCAGAUGUUAUAGUGCUUUUCAUUUUCCUUUUUCAUAGUGUGUUGUACUAAUGAGUCUGUUUAGUUUAACUCCAAUUAUUCAGAGAUUUCCUUUAUUUGGGUAUACUUUCUGGUUAUUGGUGGAAUUUAAUCCAUAUUGUUCAUGCA